AUGGGAGUCCCCGGCUUCUUCAAAUGGCUGGCGCAGCGGUACCCGCUCAUAUGCGAAACGUAUCGAGGCUCCGCUGCCGAGAAGGAUGAUGCGUUCAAGCUCCUCAGGUCGUUUGAGGCCGACGACCACAGCGGCCAGGCCCAGAACGUACCCGAAGGUUUCGACAACCUCUACAUCGACGUCAACGGAAUCAUCCACAACUGCUCCCACAGCGUGGAGGAGCUGUGCCAGGGUAUCCGUUGCGAGGAGGACAUCUUUGUGCUGAUCUUCCAGUACAUCAACAACCUGGUGAAGAUCGUACGUCCCCGGAAGCUGCUCUAUCUGGCCGUCGAUGGCGUCGCGCCGCGUGCGAAGAUCAUGCAACAGCGUGAUCGCCGCUUCAGGAGCGCGAGGGAUAGCAAGCACAAUGACGUCGUCUUCAAGGCGGUGCAGGAGGAGCUUGGCUGCGAUAAUGCACAGGCGAAGGCGGCCGAGGGUGGCGAGGCAUUUAAGUUCGACCCAAUUCAGAUCACGCCGGGCACGCUUUUCAUGGAACGGCUCUCUGUGAGGCUGCAAUUCUUCGCGAACAUGAUGAUUAACGACCACAAAGCAUGGAAGAACAUCAAAAUCGUGGUUAGCGGAUCCGACGUGCCGGGGGAGGGUGAGCACAAAAUCGCCGAGUACAUUAGAAACAACAAGGCUCAGCGGCACAAUGAGGCGAGCGCAGGAGGAAGGGCCUGCUACGUAUCGCACUGCAUUUACGGGCUCGACGCCGACCUCAUCCUCUUGUCCCUGGCCACCCAUGAGCCGUACAUCUGCCUCAUUCGAGAGCAAAUAUACUUCACCAACAGGCAGACGAGCUCGCGCAUGAUGAUGAACAUGAACGACUACAUUUUUCUGCACAUCGGCAUCCUGCGGGAGUAUAUCCUCAACGACCUGCUUCAGCCGGCGCAGCUGCGGAAGUCCCCAGGGUCCAUCGACCGCGUGGUGGACGAUUUCGUGCUGCUGAGCAUGUUCGUCGGCAACGAUUUUCUCCCGCAUGGGAAGUUCUCUAAAAUCGCAGAUGGGGGAUUCAACCACUUCAUCAACUACUACAUACGCUACAUCGAGAGGCGGUUCAGUGAGUCGCCUAAGGCCGAUUUGUGGCUGGUGACGGGGUGCGGAGAAGUCAACUACGAUAACCUCAAAAUGUUCCUCGGGAAUCUCGUCAAGCAUGAAGCCUCGUGCAUAAACUCGGAGCUGGGCGGUGGUCACGAUGAAGCCAACAGGUCGAGGGGCAGGUCUUCGAACAAAAACGCACAUGGCGAGGUAACAGUGAUCGACGUAGAGAACUGCCGCAUUGCGACGGACACGACCGAAUUCAUGGCGAAGUACGGGAAACAGCCCAAAUUGGCGGCAGAGUGGAAAGCACGCUACUACUUCGCCAAAAUGGGCAUAGCGAGCGACGUCAUCCUGCUUCCCGACGGGGCUGACCGCCACAACCCAAACGGGCCUCCGCUGACGAUAGGCGAGGUGGUGCAUGAUUACCUGGAGGGUAUUCAGUGGGUCAUGUACUACUAUUACAGGGGCGUCCCGUCGUGGUCGUGGUACCUGCGAUGCAAGUACGCGCCUCUGCUUGCGGACGUGCAGAAGUUUCUCAAAACGGAUGUUAUAAGGUCCAAGGUGAUGCGCAAGGGCGGGGUGGCAAUGGGUGGGCCCGUCACGCUUUCCACGGCGAUGGGAAUUAAGUUUGCUUUGGAGGAACCGUGCACCCCCUUCGAGCAGCUCAUGAUGAUAUUGCCGCCGGACUCCGCCUACCUCCUCCCCAGUAUAUUCGCCAACCUCAUCACGGAUAAAGAGUCCCCGCUGCACAAGUACUAUCCGGAGAAGUUCGAUAUCGACAUGGAUGACACCAACGUGCCCUGGGGCGGAGUAACGCUCCUACCAGUGGUCCCGCUGGUAGAACUCCGGAUCCUCAUGAACCAUGUGCUGCUUGGGGACGAAGUUGCCAAUAUCGACAAAAAUGUGGGAUUGCCGCGCAAACUGUACUAUAUAGAGUCACGGAGACUUACGGAGGACGAGAAAUGCAGGAACAAUGUCGGUAUCGCAAGGAUCUAUUUCAGCAACCCGGAGUCGCAGGGAACCACUGUGAACUCGCCAAUGACUGUGUUUGGAAACAUUGUGGGCUGUAAAGUUGAGUAUGAGCCGUUCUUUAACCCCACGCUGAAACGGGGGCAGACCUUCCCGACUCAGCUCAUGAUGGACAGCAGGCAUGCCGAAGACGGUCAAAGGGACAGGUACCUGGGGGACAACAUAUGGUUCCCCUCUCUGUCAACGUUACCAUUUACGCCUUUCACACGAUCUGGCGUCAAUGUGUUUCAAAUAAGGUCGCAUCUGCCCAGCAUGUAUUUGUGGAUCCGUCAGCCGUUUCAUCACAACGCCGUGCGUAACCUGAUGAACGCGGCCAGGGCGAAGUACGUCACCGUUGGGUACCCGUAUCAGCACAUCGGGCGGUUGGAGGCCAUAUAUACGCCGUACGUCACCAUCACAAAUGGGCGGCUGCAUGUGGGCAGUCCACAGGAGCUCGUGGCGCUGCUCACCUCCAUCAGGCAGAAUCUCUCUAAACGAGGAGUUAUUGUGAGCCACAAGUCUCCAGAACCAAGUAUCGAUGAUGCCAAUUAUCACAAUUACGUGAAAAUGAGCCGUAAGCUGCUCUACAAGCUCUUCGAUGGCUUACCGGGAUGUGAGCUUUCGAAUGAUAUGCCCUCUGUGCGCAAUGCAAGGUCGCUGAAACUGGACCUGCUCUGCGAAAAUGUAGUUGUAAAGUACCGGGUGGUGGAUAUCAACCUUCAGGACACAGAACGAACGGAACAUUCCCUGCUCACAUUCGUCCGUUUUAUCGACCAUGUGAGUGAGGGGGUGCCGCAGAUGGAACGCGCGGUUGUGCGUGGCAAAGCCGCUUCGUCAUCGCAGGUCGAACUGUCGAACAACCUGAACGAAAUGAUAGCGCUGAAAAGUGCCAUCGUCCAGCACGAAAUGAUGUAUGGUAGGUACUCCAAACCGUUAAUCAAGGCAGUAUGUAUUAUGAAAGGAUCGCUGUAUGGCGCUGUCGGCUCAAUUGAAAAGGUUGGCAACAGUUUCGACAACAUCUCAGCGGUGUUCUCGAUACCGGACUACAGAGUCACGAUCGGGGAAAACGCCCUGCAGAUGUAUCAGAAGCACCAGAAAAUUACGCAUAUUCUGGAAGGAAGAGAACAAGUUAAUUGGUACAGCUUCGACCAAAUUUGUAGAAUGACCGGACUGUCUACAGCAACCGCAUCUGCAAUCUUCCACCUGCUGGCAUGCGGCAAACACGCCAGCGAUAUAGGGAUGCACUUGGCACUAUGGAGCGACGAAAAGUCAUGCGUCAUGUGCCUGCCGGGUUACACGCGCUGCGAUGACACUGUUCUCACGGCAGAACGGAUGUCGAAUCCCGAUUCGUUGCUACGGGGGGUGGAGUACUCCAGUAAAGUAGUUGCGCUUGUCGAGGAUUACCGAACGAAUUUCCCAGAACUCUUCGAGCAUUUGCAUAAAAACGCUGGAAAGGCGAACAGUACCGCAAAGGGCGAGUAUCGACAUCACGUCAACCUAGAUGGGGUAUUCGUUGGUUCGCCGGAGUUGGUGGAGUAUAAGAAGGGUCAGCUGGCGCACUACGUUUCCUCUCAGGUAUUCCGCAGGCUAAAGCUUACCAUAGGUAACUACCGCUGUUUAACGCCGUCUGAUAUUGAGGGUAUCACCAACACGUACGACCAAGAUCCGGGGUCGGAAGACGGCGCCAGCUGCAAGCUUGUACGAGUGUCGCACAUCAGGAAUCUGCACAUACCAUCGUACAACACUGGAACGGUGUUCACGCACGAAGACAGUAUCACUUUGGGGCAGUGCGUUGUGUACAUCAACCAUAACGAAGUCGUGCCGCUUGGCGCUCGGGGCACGGUGGUUGGAAUAUACCCGCAAAACUCGAGUGGCAGUGGCCGGCUAUUCGAGGUGCUGCUGGAGAGGACAUUCGUAGGCGCCAGCGAUCUCUUCGGUAGAUGUGGGAUGAUGCGAGGCAUCAUCGCUUCCGUUGCCGACAUCCUGCCAUUAUACGACGAAGCAAUCCCCGAUCAAGCAAUGUGGUCGGCGUCAAACCAAUCUAACGACCGGGCAAACGCCCAUUAUGUUAGCUAUGUCUAA